CUGACAUUCAGUUUCUUUUACCAGCAAGUUCGGUUUUGUUGGUCUUCUAUUGUCACUACGCGUCGAGAGUUAAAUAUAGUCAACACUUUUAUUGAAGUUGAUAAAAUGUUAUAAUGCUUUAAUUUUUUAUGGUAAUUAUCCUUAAUGUUUAUUUUUGUUCAUUAGUAAGUCAUUUCUGUUUAUUAUGUUUUAUGUAAGUGAUUCCGUUCUGUUAAUAAUGUCCGUUCCGUUUAUCUAAGAUUUUGUUUCUGUUGAUUGAAUGUAUUUAAUAUUCUACUUUAGCUGUUUUGCAUAGAAUAUCUGUUGCUUUUUUUUUACUCCAGCGAACCAUGACCAUGUUGAUUGUCUCUACAAAAUCUAUUUUUCUACGGUGAAUCAUGACGUCCUGUACACCUGCCUUUCUGCAAAAACAAUAAAAAUAUUGAACAUUUGAUAAAAUAGUUUCAUAUAACUCGUUAUUUUUACACGAAUGACUCGAAAAUGAAUUAUUUUAUUAUCUAUGGCAAAAAUGAGAUAUGCUGAAAUGCCCAGAGAUGUAUCUAUAGAUGAUUUUCCUUCGCUUAACGUUUCUGAGAAGGUGAAGUCUAAAGUUCUCGACAAUGAAGACUCAUACGAAUAUAUGGUGUCAAAUACUGAAUAUAGAAAACUAACGACUUAUAAUUCUUUAAAAAAAUAUCCGUCCAACUUAUCGACACCGUCUAAUGAACAAAAGCACAAACGGCGACUAUCUGAAACUUUAACAUGUGGUUUGACUAGACAAUGCAAAUCACAUAGUCUUCCAUGUAAUAUGACGUUGAAACAACCCUGCAGUGCAACUAUUAUUGACGAACAAAGUGUUGAUCCAACUAAAGGUGUGUUAACAACAGGGAUAUUACCUGAAGAUUGGGCUUCUCAACUUACACAUUUGGAUUUGGAAAUUUUCCAUCAAAUUUCACCAGAAGAACUGUCGUCAUGCGCUUGGAAUAAAAAACAAAAAUUAGAAGUAUCGCCAAAUGUUGUAGCUUUUUCUAGGCAAUUUAACCAUGUUUCUUUUUGGGUUGUUCAAGAAAUUUUAAAAGGUGUUACACCUAAACUACGAGCUGAUCUGAUUACUCAAUUUAUAAAAAUUUCAAAAAAAUUGUAUGAACUUAAUAAUUUUCAUUCAUUAUUUGCUGUGAUCUCUUCUCUCCAAAGUGCUUCAGUUUAUAGGUUGUCGAAAUCAUGGAACAAUGUCUCUAAAAAAGAUCGUCAGUCAUUUGAUAAGUUAGCUAAUGUAUUCUCAGAAAGCAAUAACUGGAGAAAUCUUCGAGAUCAUUUAGAAACAUUGCGCCUUCCAUGUAUUCCUUAUUUAGGUGUAUUUUUGACUGACCUUGUAUAUGUUGAUAUGGCUCACCCACACAAAAAUAGUGGAUUAAUGGAAUCUGAAGCUCGACGCUUAAAAAUGAAUAAUAUUUUAAGAGUUAUUUCUCACAUGCAAUCAAGCAGAUAUGAUCAUUUAACACAUUUCCCUAAGAUCCAUGAUUAUUUGAAUUCUAUUCGUUAUAUUGAAGAACUACAUAAGUUUGUUCAAGAUGACCAAUAUAAAUUAUCACUCAAAUUAGAACCUUUAUCUUGCCAAAAUGAUAAUUCUAAAGAUUCUAAAGAUUCUGUCAAUCAAGUUUUAUUAGAAUCUUUAAGCUUAUCACCUGCAAAAUCUUCAGAUCUUUUAAGAAUCAGAAAAAUAUCUUUUACAAAAAAUCAUCCAAAAACAUCUAGUUGUUCAAAAUAUCGCAGUGCAAGUCUACCUCGUAGUUUUCUUAAAAAAAAUGUAACUCAAUCUACAGUCUAUAAUAAUAAUAGUCUAAUUCACAAGUCUGAUGAAGGAAUUCUCUCUACUGUCAACUCUAGAAAUUUAUUAGAUGAUUCUUUAAUAGAAGAAAAUGUUUUAGAUUUAUCCAAUUUAAUGAUAUCACCUUUACAAACAUUAAAAGGUACUCACAAAAUAAGUCUGGAAAGUUGUUUGAGACGAAAAGUAGUUUUAAAAAAUGGAAGAAAACCUGCAGUAACAACUUGGCAACGUUAUUGGAUACAGCUAUGGGCAUCAGUACUAAUUUAUUAUGCACCCAAAUCAUUUAAAGGGUGUAGUAGAAAUGAUUUUAAACGUGAACCAUGUAAAUUAUGUCCUCUAAAAGGAUGUACUGUUAGUUUAGGUGAUAACCCGGACACAUUUUUUAUUAAACAUUCAGAUCAAAGAAAUAGCUAUAAAUUUCGAGCAGAAAGUGAUAAUACAGCCUUACAAUGGUAUAGAAGAUUAUAUCACGCAGCCCAAACAAAACAUCAAACUGAGACAAAAUUACCUGAUAAUUUAAUAAGUUUUGACUGAUUAAUUCUUAAUCUUUUGUAGUGUGUCAAUUUUUAAGUGUGGAUUUCAUGUUUGUAUAAUUUAUACACAUAAUGUGUUUUAAUGAUGUAAUCUAUGAGCAAUUUUUUUAUUAUAUGUGCUUUGUAUCAGUAAUUUGUAUAAUAAAUUUACACUUAAAAUUGUAUAACUAGGAAAAAGAUAUUAUUUAAGAUUUUAAGUACUAUACUUCAAGUGAUAACUGUUACCAAAGAUGGAUUUUUAGUUAAUAUGUAAAUGGCUUGGAAAAAAAAAAAAAUUAAAAUUACAAUCCAAUUUAAAGAAAUAACUAUAAUAGCAAAUUUGAUUUAAUGAUGAAUAAUUUUAGUAUAAGACUUAUCUUAAUGAUAUACUGUAUAUUUAUUCGGUUUUUCUAUAACAUAUAAGAAUUCUUGCCAAAACCAUCCAUACAUAUAAAUUGAUUUAUAUUCUAUUAUAUGCUUAAAAAAAAUAUUUUAUAUUGAAGAAAGAGACUUAUUUAUUUAAGGAAAAAUAUGUUAUUGAUUACAUCCAAUUUAAAACAAAAUCUCAAAUAUAUUACAAAUUUUAUAAACAAUUUAUUUUUAUUAGCUAUUGUACAGUUUUUUUAAUUAAAAAUAAAAUUUAUUUAUACGUUUAGAAUAAACUUUUUUACAACUAUUCUAUUAAACUUAUUCAUAUUUUGAAUAAUAAUAUUGAUUAUAUACUGUUGGUUAAUUAUUUUGUGUUUAAGCACUUACAUUUUUUGUUUAAUUUUAGUUUAACUUUAUUAAUCAUAAUCAUUGACUGUUGUUGAUUAUUUUGAACUGCUAGAUUUAUUUUUUAUGUAAACUUUAAGUUAGGCCAACAUUGUUCCUUAUUUUUAUUUAAUUUAAGAAUAUUUUAUAUAUUUUCAAAUUCGAUGAUUUAAGUAUGUAAUUUUAUAUUAUAAUAUUUCUUGUUGGAAACCUUA